GAUUUGGCAGACACUUUGGCGAAUCUUCAAUCCAAAGUUUCGCAUUCACGAUGAGUAAAUACCCAGCCAUUUAUAUCCAGAUCAUAAAUUUGAAAUUAUUUAUACGAUAUAAUGUGGUGUUUCAAAAACAGUCAAUCAACUUGUUUCAACAAAAAAAAAAUCACAGUGAAUCGAAGAGAGCAGUGGAUAUCGUCUGUAGAAGAACAUUUAUUAUCUUAAUUAAAUUGUUCGAUGGGUAUUUCGAUUGACUUUUUUUGUGUCCACUUUUGACUCUAAUUUCGAUUUGGAUGCCGUGUAAUAUUCAAAUGGGAAAACAUUUUCAUUCAUCGAAUCAAUCACGAUAUUUCAUUUGGCGAUCAAAGUUAAUUGGUUGAUGUGUUCAGUGUCGCGUCGGCAUAUCAAAGCACCGUUUUAAUUAGUUUGUUAAUUUACUGAUAAAUCAAAAUACACACGAAAAAAAAACACAUACGCAUAUUGAUUAAAUCCAACAAUGCUAAAGUGUGCCAGUCGUUUGAAAAAUUAAACAGCCAAAUGAAUGAUUAAGACAAAAGAGUCGCGAGCUCGCGGCUAAAAACCAUUAAUGCUCGAUUCGGUGACACAUUCAAUAAAUCUAUUAUUCAUACGAAAGCCGCAAUACCAUUUGCGUGUGUGUCUGUGUGGAUCACAGAACACAACGUACACCAAAAACAAACCAUGAAUAAUUGAUAUAUGUUUUAUGUGCCGACCGGGUGACAAAUGCACGCGAACUUUUAAGGAAUUUUGGUUUGAAAAUGUGGUUGACUUCUUCGGAUGACUUUGUUUUGUUUUUUUUUUCUUCGUUUUUUUUUGCCUGGGUUUAAUUUUUUUCAUUUCAAUAUUCGAAUGGCAAAAGUUGAAUCAACUUAGUUGAAUUGGCAAAUGUUUAGAAUAAAAGAAGAUAGAAUUCACUUUUUAUGGAGCGAAAAAAUGUUCUACACGUUUUUUACGCGAAAAUUAAUCCAUUCACCGGUGGUUUUGAUUUCCAGUCUUUCUUUCUCUCCCGAAGCAUCGAACUGUAAAACUGGAAUUCACAUAAUUUUAAUUCAUAUUAUUGUUAUCAACGGCUGACAAUCUGUGUGAGUUCAUUCAUUAAUUAAAUUGGCACCUGAGCGCAUGUAACCCAAUACGCGGUAUGUGUAAUGGCUGUAUAAACACAUACACACAUAUUCAUUGUGACGGAUUUCCAAACAAGAAUUGUUUUUUUUUCUGUUUGUUUCAACCAGCACGAUCCGUUAAAAACGAAAAUAAAGCAAAAGACAAAAGUCCGAGAGUGAAUCGAAAUGCUAAGUAUCGGUUUCGAAGCCGCAAGGCGCCAAACGACUGUUACGCAUUCAAAAUGCUAAUCAAAAAGCUACCGUAAAUAUCAAGAUUAUAUUUUUCUAUUGAGACCACUUCAGACAGCAUGAUCUUUUUUUUUCUAUCGAAAAUAAAAAGAAAAGAUCUAAGCAUGACACCAAAAUAAAACACGUUGAAACGAAAACAAAUAUUGUGUAUACAAAAUAUUGUGACUUUCGAUGGAAAUGCUCAAUUUCACAUUUCAAAUAUGGUUUAUGAAGGGAAGAAUUUUUUUGGUGUUAUCUUUACAUUUCAUCACGCGAGUUGGUGGCGUACCAACUCAAAUUUUACGUAAUUCCUAAUUUUAUAUGCGUGAGCAUAAAGUUCAAUUUUAAUGACAGUGAGGGUUUCACUUCACUCGUUGACGAUACAUCGCGAUGUGGUGGUAUAUCAUUUUCAGACCACGAUUAUUCGUGACCAAUCCAUAAAAACUCAUCGAAAUAGUGUGACAUUUUAUUAUCGACUUCAUUCGGACUUGACAACACUCCGAGAGACAAUUCUAAUGGGGAAUUAAUUGACGAUUUUUAUUGCACAUUAUUUGCUGCCCAUUAAAAUCGCAUAAAACGAAAUAAACAAUAGGGAGGUGACACUAUUAACGGCCAUUUAUGGUGCACACACAAAAACCGAUUGUGUGAAUACUUUUGGCCAUAAUCAUGAUCUAUAACUUCCAAUUUUAUGCCAUGCAUUUCAACAGAAUCAGCCCAUCUGGAAUUUAUGGUUUCAACGAAAUGAAAUUUGCCGGCAAUGAUCAAAUUUUAUUUGUCAUCUCAUCUGGAUGGACGAUCAUUGUCGAAAUAAAAUUUAAAGUUUAAGAAAAACCGAUAAAAUUGUGAAUUGGUAAAAAACGAUUCAUUUUAAUUGCUACAUUUCAUCGUGUAUCACGAAUGAAUGAGAAUCGUACACCUUUGCCGCACUCCAACAUUCAGCACACGAUUCAAAAGUAGUCAGCGCCUGGGGAAAUACCGCAACGCAUCGCAUCGCUACGCAUUCAUUUGACAGUGACAACUCUCGUAAUUUGAGUCAUUCUUUUGUUUGUACUGUGCCAACGUCACUGUCGAUUGUUCAGAAAUGAUUAUUGCGAAUUAGAAUCAUAGAUUUAGAAUCGCAAUUUUUUGUAAGAUAUAAAGUGAAACGUAAAUAAUAUCGAAAAUGCACGGUCGUUUGAAAGUGAGAACUACCGAAGAGGAGGCGCAACGAAAACGAAAUGAACAGGCAUUGAAAGUGAAGGCAUACCGUGCGGCAAUGUCGAAAAUCAUGGAAAAAAGGACCGCCGAACAAUAUGAUACUGAAUUAAUGCAGCUUACUGCCGGCGUUUUGUCACGCAAUCCAGAUGUGUUCACACUUUGGAACAUUCGACGCGAAUUUCUACUCAAAUUGAAAGCCGACACACCAGACGAUGUGCAGGAGGUGUACACAAAGGAUUUGCAACUGACCGAAACGUGCUUGCAAGUGAAUCCAAAGUCAUAUUGUGCAUGGCAUCAACGAUGCUGGAUUUUGGAGAACAUCACCGAACCCAAUUGGGACCAUGAAGUCAAACUGUGCACAAAGUAUCUGCGAUUGGAUGAACGCAAUUUCCACGUAUGGGAUUAUCGUCGAUACGCGAUGAAACAUGCAAAAGUGGCCGCCGAAAAAGAGCUAGAAUUUUGUACUGAGAAAAUUGAGAACAAUUUUUCCAAUUAUUCGUCGUGGCAUCAACGCAGUAAAUUGUUGCCCAUUUUGUACCCGCAUGAAACGGACAAAACACGGCCAAUUAACGAGGAAAUACUACGCAGUGAAUUGAAACUAGUUCUAGGUGCAGCAUUUACCGAUCCAAAUGAUAGUAGCGCUUGGUUUUAUCAGCGAUGGCUACUCGGUAAUUCAGAGCAAGAGCUCGAUAUAGCUGCAUUUAAAUUGACCAAAACGUAUGCAUUGAUAACAUUCACACGACCCGUUGACCUCUACAAGUGUUCCAUCAGUUUGGAUGCCACCACCAAAUUCGAUACGAACAAAUGGCAACCGGUUAAUGGUGAACCACCGGUGAAAUACUAUCCGGUCUGGAAGUUGGAGGAUUCAUUUGAACUAAACAGCGAAGGAGACACGAUUUUCGACUUAACUUUCGUCGAUGAAGACGACAAUUCGCACAGUUUACAGAUCACGAAAAGUAAUGACGGUUUAUUUGGUAUUAAAAUGCCACGAUUCGGCUAUGAAUUCGGUUCAGGAGUUUUAAGCGUACUUGAAGAGCAGCUUAGCUCAUGUCAAGAGCUUCUAGAGUAUGAGCCGGAUAGUAAAUGGACCCUGUUAACGGCAGCUCUGCUUAUGCAUGCCACCGAUCGCAAAAAGUAUCAUUCCGAGUCGUUGGAGUUUUUGAACAAGCUGAAACAAUAUGAUUCCAAUCGUACAGGCUACUAUACGGAUUUAGCCAACAAAUGGAGCAUUGAACACCGUUUGGCUGACUGGAUUGCAGCAUUGGAAAGGAAUCGUGACAUGCCAAUUGACUUAUCGAAUUUGAAUCUUGUCAAUUUACACUACAAACAAUACCUUUGUGUCGCCGAUCGCAUUGAUUUGUCGGCCAAUUGCUUUGAUGGCAAACGAACCGACGAAAUUUUCUCAUUGCUAAAUGAUUGUAAUGUUAAGUUUGCUUUGGCAAAAACAAGUGAUCCUUAAUUUUACUGAUGAAAUCAAGUUGAAUGAAAAAAAGAGCAUUUGAUAAAAUAAAACCGUUUAAACAUUCAAUGGGCAAUAAAUAAUUUCAUAAACUCAUGAUAAA